AUGACUGCAACGAUUGGACAAAUGACGAGAAUGAACUUUCAUGUCAGGAUGAAGGCAUUUAUCUUCGUAUGCAGCUGCUUUUGUUUCACUUUUACCGGGGCCUCAGAAACAGAGCGGAGGCUCCAUCAGAAGCUCUUUAAAAACUACAACAUGAAAGUAAGACCAGCUAAAUACUGGGAGGAGAAGGUGAUGGUUCGAGUUGGGAUGACUCUCUCGCAGCUUGUCAGCUUGAACGAGAAGAACGAAGAGAUGACAACCAACGUGUUCAUGAAUCUGGCAUGGACAGACUAUAGGUUGGCGUGGAACCCAGACGAAUAUGAUGACAUCACUGUGUUGAGGAUUCCUCCCAACAAGGUGUGGCGUCCUGACAUCUACCUCAUAAACAAUAAUGACGGUCAGUUCGACGUGGCUCUUUACGUCAACGUCUUGGUGUACAAUGAUGGGACAGUCAACUGGCUUCCUCCAGCCAUCUACCGCAGCUCCUGCUCUAUAGAGGUGUCAUACUUCCCUUUUGAUUGGCAGAACUGCAGCAUGGUUUUCCGCUCAUACACCUACGACGCGUCAGAGGUGGAGUUGCACUACUUUCUGGAUGAAAACGGCAACGAGAUUCAUGAGAUUGUUAUAGAUGAGAACGCCUUCACCGAAAACGGAGAAUGGGCCAUCUGUCACAAACCCAGCAGAAAGAACGUGAAAGAGGACCUGUAUGAGGACAUCACCUUCUACCUCAUCAUAGAGAGGAAGCCUCUGUUCUACAUCAUCAACAUCAUCGUGCCCUGCAUCCUCACCAUGGUGCUGGCUAUAUUUGUCUUCUACCUGCCUCCCGGAGCAGGAGAGAAGAUGACUCUCUCCAUUUCUGUCCUCAUCGCUCUGACUGUCUUCAUGCUCCUGCUGGCUGACAAGGUCCCUGAAACCUCCCUCGGCAUCCCAAUUAUCGUCAACUACGUCAUGUUCACCAUGAUCCUAGUCACAUUCUCUGUGAUCUUAAGUGUAGUCGUCCUCAAUCUGCACCACCGGACGUCCAGCACACACAUCAUGCCACACUGGGUUCGAAGGGUGUUCAUUCACUUCCUGCCCAAGUACAUUGGCAUGAUGAGGCCGAACCCAGAGGAGCCUCUCUCAGAGGAGGAGGAGUCGAGUGAGGAGAAGCCCGUCCCGAGCUACAACAGCAGGCAGCCUGGUGGAGAGUACUUCUUUCGCAAGCUCAACCCCGAUCUGGUCUUACCCUGGAGAGGCAGAUGUGAGAGCACAGUGCAGCUCCAGCGGCUCCCGGACACUGACAGCUUCUGUCUGAUCCUCCCUCCCAACCUGAAGUCCGCCAUCGCCGCCGUGACAUACAUGGCCGAUCAGCUGAAGAGGCAAGACACGGACGACACGAUGACAGAAGACUGGCAGUUCAUCGCUCUGGUGGUGGACCGCCUCUUCCUGUGGUUGUUCGUCAUCAUCACCACCCUGGGCACCCUGGCCAUGUUCUUGGACGCUAGCUUAAACUACACACCCGACAACCCCUUCCCAUAG